AGUGGACAGCUCACUCGCAAAUUCCUACAUUAUCGACCGCUUUAUGACUUCCAUUGAAAUUGACGUUUUGUCGAUUCGAAGUUCGAACAAAAAUUUUCAAUUAGUGUUGGUGGUGUAAUCACAAAAAUAAUCAACGGUAAAACCCUAAAGUUCAUUAUCAAGUUGAUUUAAAAAUUGUUUCCCCCGUCCAGCAAGGUUGUACUCACGUGAGUCCAAUUAUUACAGUUGAAGACUCGUGAGUUACACCUCCCUGAUAACAAAUUCACAAUUAUUCACCACAAACCAAUCCUUGAAGUCAGGUCAUAGUUUUGCAGUGGGUGUGACUAUGAGGGCUAUAUUGGGCUACACCUUCGUAGGGACUUCAUCGCUAGUCAUAACAAUCUUAACCCUUUACCAUGUCUUGACUGGUAAGGGCGAACGAGUCAGUGUGGGGUGGUUCCUCGAAAGAACCUCCCCAUACAUGUGGUCCACAAUAGGCAUCGGGUUAUCAGUCGCCUUAUCAGUAGUUGGGGCUGCAGCUGGUAUUCACACUACAGGCGUCAGUAUUAUCGGCGGUGGAGUGAAAGCCCCCCGCAUCAAAACAAAAAAUUUAAUCUCAGUUAUCUUCUGCGAAGCUGUCGCUAUUUAUGGUCUCAUCACUGCUAUAGUUUUGUCGGGUUAUUUGGAAGAAUUCACUUGGUCAAAAGCCAUGGACAAUCCUGAUAUCAAAGCCAGAAAUUGGCUUGCUGGGUAUUUGAUGUUCGGAGCUGGAGUUGCUGUCGGAUUAGUGAAUUUAUUCUGCGGCAUUGCUGUCGGAAUUGUUGGCUCUGGAGCAGCUUUAGCUGACGCCGCAAAUGCAGCUUUGUUCGUUAAAAUUUUGAUUGUGGAAAUUUUUGGCAGYGCUAUAGGGCUGUUUGGGCUCAUUGUGGGCAUUUACAUGGUUUCUAAAGUAUCAAUGGGCGAUAAGUCAUCCUAAAUUUAUUUUAAGAAUAAUUACUGAUGUAUUGUUAUUGAAUGUAAAUUUAAUUUACCUUGUAUAUAUAUGUACAAUUAUUUUAUUUAAGUAGAAAUUAGACUUAAAAUGGGCUUAGUAAUGUUACCUUAUGUGAAUCUGAAGAAAUUAAAAAUAUAACUGUUUUUCCCAUCAA